AUGUGGGAGCCGGAAGAGUACGAGUUCGUGUGGAGGUCGCGUGAUUUCCUCCUGAUGCUGGCCACGCUGGUCGUCAACGCCACCUACGUUGCCGGGCUCAACCCGCCGGGCGGCCUGUUCGUCGAGGACGGCGACGGCCACCGCGUCGGCGGGCCGGUGCUGGCGACCACCUACCCCCGCCGCUACGCCGCAUUCUUCUACUGCAACGCCGCCGCCUUCCUGGCAUCGCUGGUCAUCAUUAUGAUCCUACUGGACCGGCGCAUCGUCGGAAACCGCGCUGGGCUCACCGUGCUCCAGUCCGCCAUGGUGCUCGGCCUGCUCGCGCUCACGGGGGCCUUCGCGGCGGCGAGCUGCCACGGCGUGACCGCGUCCAUCUACGUACCGGCCGCGUUCGCCGUGCUGCUGGCGUACGUCACGAUCCACCUUCUCGUGGCUGCCAGGGCCAAGGAACAUUCGGGCGCGGAGGACGAGGGCCACCUUAGAGGACGGCGCUCGCUACCGCUGCUUCUGGCCACGUUCGCGACGCCUCUGGCAUACGGCGCGGGGCUGGCGCCGCCUGGCGGGUUCUGGUUUGACGACUCCGAGGGGUCUCGCGUCGGCGAUCCGGUGCUCGCGGACACCUACCCCGGCCGCUACCUCGCCUUCUUCUACUGCAACGCCACGUGUUUCGUGUCGUCCCUCGUUAUCGUCACGCUGCUGCUGAGCAGGAGGUGGCUGAGCCGCCGCGUCGUCCGGUCGUACGCGCUGCAAAUUUGCGUCCUGCUGGAGCUUCUCGGCCUUGUUGGCGCCUACGCUGCUGCCGCUGCCGCGACUGACCAGCCCACCGUCUACAUCGUCUCCUUCGCCGGGGCGGUGCUCUUGUACAUUGUGCUCGUAGGAAUAUUCUGCGUGGACACCACCAAAAAAUGGCUUCCAUGCCUCUUUCAGAGCCCUCGCAACUUGGAGCCAGCAUCACCAGAUGGGGAAGUUGAAGCGCAAAUCGACGGCAGCAACAGGGAUGAAUACAAUCUGAACAGGUCGCGGUCGGUUUUGCUGUUGCUGGCCACGCUGACGGCGACGGUGACAUACCAGGCAGGGCUGAACCCGCCAGGCGGCUACUGGCGCGAUGAGGACUACAAGGAUUACAGGUCAGGACAUCCGGCGCUCCUCGACGUGCUGCCGAAGAGGUACAAGGCCUUCUUCCACUGCAACACGACGUCGUUCGUGGCGUCGCUGGUGGUGAUCGUGGUGGUCCGAAGCAAGCAGCUCAUAUUGGGAGCCGUGGUCAAGCGUCACGUGCUGCAGGUGGCCAUAAUACUGAGCCAGUUGGGCCUGAUGGGCGCGUACGCCAGCGGGAGCUCCCGAGACGUCUCCACCACCAUCUGUAUCUCCGCAUUGGCCGUCGCCAAUGUCGUGGUGUUCAUCAUUCUGGGCAGCGGCGGGAGCAAGCGGACGCUGUGGGUGGAGCGUACGGCCCACAAGGUUCUGAAGAAGCUGCACCUGUUGGGCGAUGAUGAUGAUGAUGAUUAUGGGCAAUGCCAACUGAAUAGAGAGGAUCAGGAGCGGAGCCUGGAGAAGAAGCGCAGGUCUCUGAUUGUGCUGGCGAUGCUCGCCGCCACCGUCACGUACCAAACCGGGCUGAACUCGGCCGGCGGGUUCUGGGAGAUGGACUACGAUUUCUCCUCCAAGAAGCUCUUCAGCGAGACGGUCCUCCUUGGCUACGACCGGAGCAGGUACCUGGUGUUCUUCUACUGCAACGCGGUGAUGUUUAUGGCCGCCGUCGCCGUCAUCCUCUUCCUGGUGAACCAGCGGCUGCACGAGCAGAGCAUACGGAGUAACGCGCUCCAGGCCUGCAUCAUGAUUGGGUUCCUGGCUCUCAGGACUGCCUACGCCCUAGGGACCACCCACAAGGUGAGCACCUCUGUCUACGUCUUUGGCCUCGUGGCCGGCGUGAUCACCUAUCUUGUCCUGCAAAUUCUACCGCUCCUGCUAAAGGACAGCGGCGGGCCGCCCAAUGUGCCACAGCUUCCGUUCUGGAUCCGGUGCCUAUUCCAGCCGCUGUCGCUGAGGACCGGCUACCAGAGGGCCAUGGUCUCGGACCAAGAAAUGGACAAGCACACAAAGCGCAGGUGCCUGAUGCUUCUCGGCGUUCUCACGGCGAGCAUGACGUACCAGGCGGGCCUUGUGCCCCCUGGCGGCACCUGGGUCGACUCUAGGAGUGGCCACCGUGCCGGCGACCCCAUCAUGCGCAACGUCCACUUGCCACGGUACCAGGCCUUCUUCUACUGCAACGCCACGUCCUUCGCGGCGUCCGUCAUUCUCAUCGUCCUGCUAAUGCACCGCACGGUGAGCCGGCGUGGCGCGCCGCUCAGGAUGAUGCAGGCUGCCAUGGUGCUGGACCUCGCCGGCCUGCUGGGCGCGUGCGCGGCCGGCACCUGCUGGGUGUGGGAGCAGGUGUUCGCGUACGUGACAACGCUCGUUGCGGCCGUGGUCGUCUAUGUCGCGUUGCACGUGCUGCUAUGGCGUGGUAAUACUGCGGAUCCUGCACCUGCACCUCCGUCGACCACUCCGGCUUCCUCCCAUCAGCCACUUGGCAACAUUUAUUAG